GUCCCUGGGUAGGUGAGGUGGGUAGGAGCCUGCUUAUAGAAAAGUGGAAUCGAGUCGUCCUUGUUAGUGGAGCCGCUGCCGCCAGGGAACUCAGAGCCGGUUCCUGUUCCUUCAAGAGUGCUGGAGGCCAAACUUGAAAUACAAGUUUAAGUUUCCCCAUAGGGCAAAAGAUAAGGAUCCGAACUCCCCCGGCCCGGUGUGCAGCAGGAGCGACCAACCCCGACCCGGGUUAAAAGUCCCAGGGACUCUUCGCUGCCGCCACCUCCUGUUCUCUCCCCACGUUCCCACUCGGGGUCUCCCUCAAGGCCGGGAGGCACAGCGGUCCCUGCUUGUUGAGGGGCUGGAUGUACGCACCCGCAGGUUCCCGCGGACUUGGGGGCGCCCGCUGAGCCCCGGCGCCCGCAGAGGGAUUGUGUUUGCCUCCUGCAGCCUCAACCCGGAGGGCAGCGAGGGCCUACCACCAUGAUCACUGGUGUCUUCAGCAUGCGCUUGUGGACCCCGGUGGGCGUCCUGACCUCGCUGGCGUACUGUCUGCACCAGCGGCGGGUGGCCCUGGCCGAGCUGCAGGGGGCCGAUGACCAGCGUCCAGUCGACCGCAGCCUGCUGAAGUUGAAAAUGGUGCAGGUCGUGUUUCGACACGGGGCGCGGAGUCCUCUCAAGCCGCUCCCGCUGGAGGAGCAGGUAGAGUGGAACCCGCAGCUAUCAGAGGUCCCACCCCAAACUCAGUUUGAUUACACAGUCACCAGUCUAACUGGUGGUCCGAAACCAUAUUCUCCUUAUGACUCUCAAUACCGUGAGACCACCCUGAAGGGGGGCAUGUUUGCUGGGCAGCUGACCAAGGUGGGCAUGCAGCAGAUGUUUGCCUUGGGAGAGAGACUGAGGAAGAACUAUGUGGAAGACAUUCCCUUUCUUUCACCAACCUUCAACCCACAGGAGGUCUUUAUUCGUUCCACUAACAUUUUUCGGAAUCUGGAGUCCACCCGUUGUUUGCUGGCUGGGCUUUUCCAGUGUCAGAAAGAAGGACCCAUCAUCAUCCACACUGAUGAAGCAGAUUCAGAAGUCUUAUAUCCCAACUACCAAAGCUGCUGGAGCCUGAGGCAGAGAACCAGAGGCCGGAGGAAGACUGCCUCUUUACAGCCAGGAAUCUCAGAGGAUUUGAAAAAGGUGAAGGAAGGGAUGGGCAUUGACAGUAGUGAUGCAGUGGACUUCUUCAUCCUCCUGGACAACGUGGCUGCUGAGCAGGCACACAGCCUCCCAAGCUGCCCCAUGCUGAAGAGAUUUGCACGGAUGAUUGAAGAGAGAGCUGUGGACACAUCCUUGUACAUACUGCCCAAGGAAGACAGGGAAAGUCUUCAGAUGGCAGUCGGCCCAUUCCUCCAUAUCCUGGAGGGCAACCUGCUGAGAGCCGUGGAUUCUGCCACCGCGCCCAACAACAUCAGAAAGCUGUAUCUCUAUGCGGCCCAUGAUGUGACCUUCAUACCACUCUUAAUGACCCUGGGGAUUUUUGACCACAAAUGGCCACCGUUUGCUGUUGACCUGACCAUGGAACUCUACCAGCACCUGGAAUCUAAGGAGUGGUUUGUGCAGCUCUAUUACCAUGGGAAGGAGCAAGUGCCGAGAGGUUGCCCCGAUGGGCUCUGCCCACUGGACGUGUUCUUGAACGCCAUGUCAGUUUAUACCUUAAGCCCAGGAGAAUACCACACACUCUGCUCUCAAACUCAGGUGAUGGAAGUUGGAAAUGGAGAGUAACUGAUUUAUACAAGCAGGAUGUGUUGAUUUUAAAAUAAAGUGCC